AUGUUCAGAAGAAAAAUUGACGAGCAAUCUGAAGAAAUAUCGCGUAUUAAGCAAAUGCUGGACAAACCGGAGAAGGUACCAAAUAGGGACGACGAGAUGAGUGACGACGCCUAUUGGUCGCGUAUGGUCCAAGAAGUUCAAGCAAGUGAAGGUCAAGAUCCCCCCGAUCUCGCUAAUGAUGACGACGAUGUCGAGGGAGACUGGGAAAUGCGAUCAGAGGAUGGUACAGAAGAGACGAUCGAAGAAGUAAACCCAGGAAGGAAAAACGACCGCGUUGUUGAAGUGGUGCACCCAGAGCAACGUUUAAAUUCGCGUCAACGGGACUACGAGCAAAGGGAAAGAGAGCUCAGGGAGCUCACAGAAAGAACUCAAAUACAGGAUUUAAAAUAUAAGCGAUAG